GUUUCGUUAAUUCAAUAUACAGCGACGUGUUGGUGAAGAAACCUCAUCAGAGCAGCGGAGCGGAGCAGCGGAGCGACACCGAGGAUUAAAACCCCGUUAAAAAUAAAAACUCCUCGAGUUUAUUUCAAACCGAGCGUGUUUUUAAGAUGAAGACAUCCUGAAGAUGGGUUUAACGCGUUUGGAGAAAUAAAAUCUUCGAAAGGAGGAGGGGAUUUUUUUCUUAUUAUUAUUAUUUUUAAUAUUUACCAGCAGCCGGAGUGAAACAUCCGACUAAAGGGGACGUACAGAAAACCGGGAGGCAUGUCGUCUGAAAAACACGGACUCGACGACUCCGGCCGUCAGACCAUGCAGCCGCCCCCGUACCUCUCUGGCCCCCCGGAUCCCAACAUGCAGCAGCAUCCCAACAUGGCCGCCGUGCCGGGCGCCCAGCCCGGUUAUCCCGCUCCGCCGCCGCCUCCGGGCUCCGAGGGAUACCUCCAAGAAACGACGUUCCACUACGGGGCUCCGGGCGCCGCGCAGGGCUACACGGUGCAGACCCAGGGCCCCGGAGGCGCCGUGCAGCACCCGCCUGUGGGGUACAUCCACCCGGGCUACCCGCUGCAGCUGCAGCCAUGCACCGCUUACGUUCCCGUCUAUCCCAUGGCGUCGGGUCAGCCCUACAUGCCAGCAGCAGGAAGCCACCCGGGGAUCCCCCCAGGCCAGAUCCACCCCAUGCCGAUGCCCCCCAGCAUCACCCUGAUGGACCGCCGGCCGCCCCACGACUACCUGCCCAUCGCUGUGCUAACCACCGUGUGCUGCUUCUGGCCUACAGGCAUCAUCGCCAUCAUCAAGGCGGUGAAGGUGCGCAUGGCGAUAGCCCGAGGGGACAUGGUGACUGCGGAAAUAGCGUCCCGUGAGGCCCGCAACUUCUCCUUCAUCAGCCUGGCCGUGGGCAUCGCCUCGCUGGUGCUCUGCACCAUCCUCACCGUGGUCGUCAUCAUAGCCUCGCAGCAUCACGACGACGACUGGGACCCCUAACUGGUCCCGCUUUCCCAACCAGAGCGUCUAAAUAUUAUCUAUCUAACUACUGUCAAUCGCUUGGUGAGGAGGGGGGGAAGGAAAAUGCACUGCUUCUGCUUGUCGGCCCUUUCUGUACAGCUACCCACACAGUUUAAAGACCUAACCUGCUUCUAUCAAACACCCACCAAUGACCAAAAAUAGCAAGCGGUUGUUAAAUAGGUCCAGAAUGACCACUUAAUAUUUGCUUUCAUAUUAAAAGUAUGAGCUGCAGGAUGGAGACAAACCUUCUUGUGUUCGCGAUCCAUUUGUCUGCUGCUAAUUGAUGCAGUUAGGUAACAAACUGUAAGUCACUGUGUGUUUAAUAUUUCAACAACCGACUCACAACGUCCAUUUAUUACACUGCAAAACACUAAAUCCAAGUAUGUUUGGUCUAGUUUCUACUGUAAAUAUCUUAGUACACUUUUCAAUAAGAUGUAUGGGCUUGUUUUAAUCAAUCAAGCUUGUUUGUAUAGCACAUUUCAGCAACAAGGCAGCUCAAAGUGCUUUACAUCAUAAAGCGCUUUCUGAUGUAAAGCACAGAAAUAUGAAGUCAUAGAGCAACAAUUUCAACAUUACGUUUUGCCGAGUCCUUACAAAUCAAAAUGUUGGUUAGCAUUUCUUUAAUUUUGGUUAAAAAGCAACUCCAAACAGGUGAGUUUUUAGUAUAUAAAAUUCUAAACAAUUCCUUAACUUUGAUUUUAAAAAAUUACUAGUUCCAUUAGCAGAUUAUUAAACUUUUAGGAAGACAUUUUUAUCAUAACCUGCCAAUGAAACUACCACAUUUUCAUCAAUACUAAAGAAUUAUUGACUUAAAACAAGCUCCGAUAUCUUUGCUGAAAAGUUACCUGUAAUUUUCAGUAGAAACCUCACCAAAAAUACUUUGUAGGAUUUUGUGUUUUUGCAGUGUAAGUUAGACAAAUGCACUUUUAGUCCUGCCCAGUGCAUAAUGCAUCAUUUUUGGAGCAUGAAAUAGUUUUUAUUUGUUCUUAUAAAGGUUUUCUGCUCCACAAGGCACUAAUUUGUGAAGAUGGAUUGGCCACUAUGCAUUUAUACCACUAUCGUUAUGCGUGGGACCCAUUCGCGUAAUUAAAUAAUGGGUCUCAGAUGCAGUGUCCUUUGGUUAUGUAAUGUUUCCUCCAAAUGGGUUAGAGGCAGUUCAACUCUGGGUAAUAAUCGGGACCCAUACGGGUCUCAGAUGAGCUGGAUAAUUUAAAAUAAUACUCAUUUGUGUUCCAACCAAGAUUUAUAACUGGUUUUACCAACACUGGUUGCAUUGGCCCAUUGUGAGCCCCCAGCCUGAUCAAAACACAUAUGAGGCCCAACAUGCAGUAUCACCAGAAAGUAUUCACACCUCUUCAUUUGUCUAUUAUUUAUUUAUUUAUUUAUGGAUUUUGGUGUGGUUUUGGUGUACAAGUUAUGAAUACUUUCUGAUGUUAGCUGUCAGCAAACUUUGCUUUAAUUUCCAUAUUAAAUGCCAGAUGAGAUAGCACUAUUAUAAACUAUAUGAUUUCUAAUUUAUUUAUAUGUGAAUUAUUGUCUUAUUUAUUUAAUCCUGACCCUUGCAUCAACCUUGUCUGCUGUAGUCUGUAGUGAAUCGUUGCAGCUACCUGAUACUCUGAAUUGGCUUACCGUUAGUACCUCGUGAUGGUAAUGAUGAUGAUAUUGCACUUUGUAGUAACCAGAUAAAAUGACACAGCUGUUUACAUUUAUAGAUCUUAUAGUGCAUGAUGAAUAUAAAUCUAGGCUAAUGGGCUUUUAGUGCAAAAGUAGCUGUGCACCCAGCUGCUCAUGGGAACAUUUCCUAAAAUAUUCAAUGGGUUUGUGAUGCAGUAUUUUCCAAAGUGGUAAACAAGCUACUCCAAAAAAAAAAAAA